AUGCCGUCAUCAAGCAACACUUCCAAAAAAGUAGCCCAAGGGAAUAAAAUUCAAAAGACCAAACCGACUAUGUCUCUGCCAGUUCGUCCCCAUAACCCUGCUCUCCAGCAACGUGGCAGUGCACAAGAGUUUCAAGAACCUGCUAAGAACUCGUCACAACACCAGGUUUCCAAUUAG